CCGUAUCUCUCUUUAUGCGAUGAAAAUAUGAAUUCAUAUUUUUGUCACAUUUACCUUCACAAUCAGCCUAAAUAAUAGGUAUUUUGAUUCCGAAGAAAAUUGACAUUUUUGACUUUUAGAACUUUAGACGAUUUUGACUUUAAUAUUCAUCAAAAAUGAACAGGGGACAAACGACAGCUACACAAAAGCACAUCGCAAGUAAAUCUAUUUUGACCUUUCAACUGAUAGGUGCCUUAAUCGUCAUUGGGAUUACAGCUCACCUCGGGAAUGUUGACAAUAAGGUUUACAGCGAGAUUCCAGCUACCUUGUGCCUCUUACUGGUUGGCUGCGCCCAUUUCUUCCUCAGCUUCUUUAUUUUAACUACAGCCUGCACAACCAAUAAAAUUUACGAUUCAAAUCUAGUUUAUGUGCAUGGUGCAGUGUUUUUCUGUCUUCUAUUUGCAACUGGGGUCGCCGGUUUGGUCAAGGGUGGAGAUUAUACGGAGAAGAAACUUACUGCAGCUGGUGCUAUUGCAGUCAUUUCAGCCUUUACAUCCCUUGCUUGGUGCGCGGCGUCUAAUUACGAAACGAAAAGAAGCAGUUGAGGAUCAAGAAAUAACUUUCAAGUGGACAAUACAGUGUAAAAUCUUUUAUUUUGCUGAUUAAAAUAAUUCGAAAAGGCCCAUCACAUUCGUAAACUACUUGUACAUUCGAAUAACAAGAAACUCGUCAUAAAAUAAGUCUAUCUCA